UAAAUUCUCUUUGCAUCCUUCCCUCUUUAAUUUUUAUUAAUCCCCAAAUCUUCAACCCUAAUUCUUCUUUCUCUCUCAGAGAUCUACCAAACUCUUGAAUCUCCCAAUGGCGUCCACAGCACCACCAGUUCUCCCAAUCUCAAACCCCCAAACCGUUCCCUCCGCCGCUCCUUCCUCCGUCGAAUCCCAACCACCGAUCGCAACCCCAGCGUUUCACAAUUUCGUCAACCAGAUCACCGAUACCGUCAAAAACGGACUCUCUAAGCGUCGUCCUUGGACUGAGCUCGCGGAUCGUUCCGCAUUAUCUAAACCUGAGUCGAUCUCCGACGCAGCUGUUCGGAUCCGUAAGAAUUACUCUUACUUCAAGGUUAAUUACCUCACCGUCGCUACGGCCAUCGUCGGUUUCUCGCUCGUCACUCAUCCUGUCUCCCUCGUCUUCCUCCUCUGUCUCCUCGCUUCUUGGCUCUUCCUCUACAUGUUCCGUCCCACGGAUCAGCCGCUCGUCGUCUUCGGCCGUACGUUCUCGGAUCGCGAGACGUUGGGGUGUUUGAUCUUGUUCAGUAUCUUUGUGGUUUUUCUCACCGAUGUUGGAUCUGUUCUUGUUUCGGCUAUGAUGGUUGGUGUUGCGUUGAUCUGUGCUCACGGUGCUUUUAGAGCUCCUGAAGAUUUGUUCCUCGAUGAGCAAGAGCCAGCUGCUACCGGAUUCCU